AGGGGCGGGAAAGCAACGAGUUGCUUCCGGCGCGGCCGUUCCGGUCUGGUCCGGCCCGGCAACUUUAGGACGUGGUUCGGGUACUGUCAGAGGGAGAGGCUUCUGCGGUUCCUCUGGCUCCGAGUUCGCUGCCUUCGUUCCCUCGCAACCUCCGCGCGGUUCUAAGAACCCAGUGCUCCGCGCCGCCGGCGUCACCUGCCUCCCGCCCCACCAGACCCCUCAGGCCCUUUAAACAGCUCUGCCUUUGACGUCUCUGUGACCCUCGCGCCCCUCUGCCCCCUCCCCGGAGGCCCUGGGGCCGACUCUGUGGACAUUGGGAAGGAAAUACCAAGCUUCCCUGCUGGGAUUGACUGUCUGGAGGUUCAGUGGCUGUCCACAUCGGACUGUUGGAGGGGGAUCAAGGGGCAGCCUGGGCUGCGCCUGACCAGGUAGGGUCUUCCUCAGAAGUCAGACAUGGGACUGACCAGCCUCAGGGCAGCUCUGGCGCCUUCUGACUGCCCAGCCAGGGUGAUGGGACUUGCCCAUCAGGUUGACUGAGUAACGGUGGACUGCUCUAGACCGGCUCACCAGGAUCGCCCAGGCUAGGCCUAAGCAGUUUUGGGGGACCCUUGUUGGGUGAAGGGUCUGAACUGAUAGGCCCUCCCGCCCCAGGCUGACCAGGCCAGCCCACUUCACAGACCUGCCCCUGCUACCCAAGCAGCCAUGGAGAAGAUGUCCCGUGUGACCACAGCCCUGGGUGGCAGUGCGCUGACAGGCCAUACCAUGCACUGCCACCUGGAUGCCCCAGCCAAUGCCAUCAGUGUGUGCCGCGACGCAGCCCAGGUAGUCGUGGCGGGCCGCAGCAUCUUCAAAAUCUAUGCCAUCGAGGAGGAGCAGUUUGUGGAGAAGCUGAACCUGCGUGUGGGCCGCAAGCCCUCGCUCAAUCUGAGCUGUGCUGAUGUUGUCUGGCACCAGAUGGAUGAGAACCUGCUGGCCACAGCGGCCACCAAUGGCGUGGUGGUCACAUGGAACCUGGGUCGGCCAUCCCGCAACAAGCAGGACCAGCUGUUCACAGAGCACAAGCGUACAGUGAACAAAGUCUGCUUCCAUCCCACUGAGGCCCAUGUGCUGCUCAGUGGCUCCCAGGACGGCUUUAUGAAGUGCUUUGAUCUCCGCAGGAAGGACUCUGUCAGCACCUUCUCAGGCCAGUCUGAAAGUGUGCGGGACGUGCAGUUCAGCAUCCGGGACUACUUCACCUUUGCCUCCACCUUCGAGAAUGGAAACGUGCAGCUCUGGGAUAUUCGGCGGCCUGACCGCUGCGAGAGGAUGUUCACGGCCCACAAUGGGCCUGUCUUCUGCUGUGACUGGCACCCGGAGGACAGGGGCUGGCUGGCCACAGGUGGGCGUGACAAGAUGGUGAAGGUCUGGGACAUGACCACGCACCGUGCCAAGGAGGUGCAUUGUGUGCAAACUAUCGCCUCGGUGGCCCGUGUCAAGUGGCGACCUGAGUGCCGCCACCACCUAGCCACAUGCUCUAUGAUGGUGGACCACAACAUCUAUGUGUGGGAUGUGCGCCGGCCCUUUGUCCCAGCUGCCAUGUUCGAGGAGCACCGUGAUGUCACAACAGGCAUUGCCUGGCGCCACCCACAUGAACCCUCCUUCCUGCUCUCCGGCUCCAAGGAUAGCACGCUGUGCCAGCACCUGUUCCGGGAUGCCAGCCAGCCUGUUGAGCGUGCCAACCCUGAGGGCCUCUGCUAUGGCCUCUUUGGGGACCUGGCCUUUGCUGCUAAGGAGAGCCUAGUGGCCACAGAACCGGGGCGCAAGCCCUAUGUUGGUGAUCGGCGCCACCCAAUCUUCUUCAAGCGCAAACUGGAUCCUGCCGAGCCCUUUGCGGGUCUUGCCUCUAGUGCCCUUAACAUCUUUGAGAUGGAAGCUGGCAGUGGCAGCAUGAGCUGGUUUGUGGACACGGCUGAGCGUUACGCCUUGGCUGGCCGGCCACUGGCCGAGCUGUGUGACCACAAUGCGAAAGUGGCUCGGGAGCUCGGCCGCAACCAGGUAGCACAGACAUGGACCAUGCUGCGGAUCAUCUACUGUAGCCCUGGCCUGGUGCCCACUACCAAUCUCAACCACAGUGUGGGCAAGGGCAGUUCCUGUGGCCUGCCGCUCAUGAACAGUUUCAACCUGAAGGAUAUGGCCCCAGGGCUGGGCAGUGAGACCCGGCUAGACCGGAGCAAGGGUGACACACGGAGUGACACGGUACUGCUUGACUCCUCAGCCACGCUCAUCACCAACGAAGAUAACGAAGAGACCGAGGGCAGUGAUGUGCCUGCUGACUACCUGCUGGGUGAUGUGGAGGGUGAGGACGAGGAGCUGUACCUGCUGGACCCGGAACACGCGCACCCCGAGGAGCCCGAGUAUGCGCUACCCCAGGAGGCCUUCCCAUUACGCCACGAGAUCGUGGACACACCACCUGGGCCCGAGCACCUGCAGGACAAGGCCGACUCGCCCCACGUGAGUGGCAGCGAGGCGGACGUAGCCUCCCUGGCGCCCGUGGACUCCUCCUUCGCGCUCAUCUCCGUCUCACAUGCACUCUAUGACAGCCGCUUGCCACCCGACUUCUUCAGCUCCCUGGUGUGCGACAUGCUGCGCUUCUACGCGGAGCAGGGCGACGUGCAGAUGGCUGUGUCUGUGCUCAUCGUGCUGGGUGAACGCGUGCGCAAGGACAUCGAUGAGCAGACCCAGGAGCACUGGUACACAUCCUACAUCGACCUGCUGCAGCGCUUCUGCCUCUGGAACGUGUCCAACCAGGUGGUCAAGCUCAGCACCAGCCGCGCCAUCAGCUGCCUCAACCAGGCGUCCACCACCCUGCACGUCAACUGCAGCCACUGCAAGCGGCCCAUGAGCAGCCGCGGCUGGGUCUGUGAUCGCUGCCGCCGCUGCGCCAGCAUGUGCGCUGUCUGCCACCAUGUGGUCCGAGGACUGUUCGUGUGGUGCCAGGGCUGCAGCCACGGCGGCCACCUGCAGCACAUCAUGAAGUGGCUAGAGGGUAGCUCCCAGUGCCCCGCAGGCUGCGGCCAUCUGUGCGAGUACUCCUGACCGGCGGGGCGGGGCGGGACAUGGGCACCCAAUAAAGGAAGUGGGAGCCGCA